AUGAAGAAUGAUGUUGAUAGACUCACUGCGGAACUGCAGGAGUACGAAAACUUCGUGAAUGAUUUACGAAACUCUGCCGAGAAUCAUACGGCAGAUUGGAUUAAGGGCCUGAUAGACAAGGUGAGUCGUACCCAACACGCUUCCAUUGCGGUGUCUAAUCAUGAAUUCCUGCUGGUUAAGCAUGGGUUGAGGGGAAAUCAUUCCUUUGAAAAUCCACCUUCUCAAUUAUCCACACCACAUAACGAAUUAGACGGCGAUGAGGGAUCUCCGAUAUCUUCUAUCGGAUCUCUCAAUGCAAUUGACCGAGUAGAGGAAGACUUGAAUCGAACAAAGCACACCCGAGCGACCGGGUAUAUGGGGAAGAGUUCGGAGAUCUCGUGGAUGCAACGGCUUCAAAGGGAAGCAGAGCAACGUGCUCGCGGCAACCCCGGUGCGCUAGAUUCCACUACGGACGAGGAGGAUGCAGCCAGCGAUCGAUUUUCACUUCACGCUUUGAAUUAUCAUCUCGACGACCUUGAGAUUUCAGUUGCCGAGCCCGUUCAACGUUAUAGCAUGCCAUCUCGACAAUUAGCACAUCGACUCUUUGACGAAUAUUUGAAAACCGUGCAUCCUUUCUUCCCCAUCAUCAGCAAACCAUUAUUCCGAGCACAAUUCCAAACUUUUUUCGAUAGUUCCGGUCGCUAUAGCGCAGCAAGACCUAGCAACAAAUGGCUCGCCAUCCUGAAUACAAUAUUUGCGAUCGCAGCCAAGCAUGCCCAUCUCAUCCAUGCUCCUUGGCGUGGAGAAGAGAAUGACCAUUUAGUCUACCUGGCCCGAGCCCGGCAGCUAAGUAUGAAUGGCGAAGUCUUGUUCAGCCAUCCAGAUCUUCAGCAAGUCCAGGUCGAGGGCUUGAUCGCCUUUUACUUGCUGACAUCCGACCAGAUUAAUAGAGCAUGGCGAAUCUCAGCUUUAGCAGUGCGUUCUGCAAUAACCCUCGGUAUUAACCUGAAGAUCGACACACCCAAAACACCGAAUGUCGCAAAAGAGGCUCGUUAUAGAGUUUGGUGGUGUCUGUACAGCUUUGAACACAUGCUAGGAAUCAUGACGGGUCGAGCUAUCUAUAGCCUUGACGGAGGGUACGCAACACCACUCCCUUUGCCAUUCGAAGAGGAACAGCUACAAGAAGACCCAGAGGCAGUCAAGUUGCUCAACGACCCUGCCUCUCGGGAAGAACAAAUCAGCAUCUUGAUGGCAAGCACAGGAAUUCGACAGGCCGGAAACAAGGAUGACGUCCAGAAAUGCCGGUCAAGGGACCGAACCUGGCUCACAAAUAUGCCAUCCAACUCCGGCCUUUGCUAUCUCUACUAUUGCGACUUGACAGUUAUCACACAAGAAAUUGUCAACAAGGUAUUCUCGACCAACGCCGUGUCCCUCAUGUGGUCCGAAAUCGAAGCUCGCCUUGAUGAACUCCUCGCCCGGGUAGAUCUUUGGCAUUCAAACUUACCGGCAGCUUUGGACUUUACGCAGGAAGAGGCCGAUGAUAACCCCGACCAGCUACGGUACAAGCUCUUCUUGGCCUUUCAUUACUAUGGCGCACGGAUCACACUAGGACGCCCUUGCCUUUGUCGACGAGAUGCCGGUCUAUCGAACGCCACUCAGACAUUCAGUCAUAUGAUGGCAGUCAUUGCCUUGAAUUCUGCAUCAGCAAUGCUGGACCUUAUCCCGGACGAACCCAACGUCAUGCAGCUGUACAAGCUCUGUCCCUGGUGGUGUGUGCUGCGAUAUUUGAUGCAGGCAGCCACCGUUAUUCUACUGGAACUCUCAUUUGGCAGUGUGCAUAUGCCAGAGGAGGAACUCAAGCUUGUCAAGCUGUCGAAAAAAUGCAUCCGAUGGUUCCACGCCAUGUCAGAACGGAGUAUUGGCUCACGAAGAGCAUGGCAGCUCUGCGAUUCCAUCUUCCGCAAACUCGCCAGCGGCAUGAAAUAUAAUACCGACGACAUACCCUCAAAGCCUCAGCAGCGGCAAUUCAUUGACGAGGAAAGUUCAUCUGGGAAUGUAAACUUCUUUGGCCCGGCUAUCCCAUCAGAACAACGCAGUUAUUUCAACAUCAAUGAGGAAGAUACGUCAAUAUUCGGACCUCGACCACCAACAGAGGAGGAUAUAUGGACGAAUUACUUCAAUCUCCCCACACCAGAUUUUAUGCCCUCCGUCCAGGGCCACUCCCACCAUUCUCACAUUCCUGACGACACAUAUUUCCCCUACGACCCUCUAGGUGAGGACUUUAUGCGAUCAUUGUUUCCCUCUUCCGAAGAGGAGAAUAGAGAUCUACCAAAUUGA